AUGUACUUGGUCGAGAAGAAGCGGAGUGAGUGGGAUGAUGACUCUGGAUGUGAAAAAUGCAGUUCUAUUUGCUCUGAAGAUUGUCUCUGCAGGUAUCAAAAUAUGAGCUGCUCAAAAGCGUGUCGCUGCUCGAAUACGUGCACCAACCGACCGUUUCAAAAACAUAAAAGAAUUGAAGUGGUAAAGACUAAAUCAUGUGGCUGGGGCGCAGAGGCUGCAGAGCCUAUUAAUAAGGGUGAAUUUAUCGUGGAGUAUGUAGGAGAAGUUUUAAGUGAUGAUAUAUAUGAAGAACGGUUAAGAGACAUGGACUGCCUGGGUCGUCAACACUUUUACAUGUGCAAAGUUGACAGAGAUUUCACCAUCGAUUCAACUUACAAGGGCAACAUAUCCAGAUUCUUGAAUCACAGUUGUGAUCCAAACUGUACCCUAGAGAAAUGGCAAGUAAACGGAGAAACUCGUAUGGGUAUUUUUGCUGCUAAAUCUAUUGAAGAAGGAGAACCAUUAACAUAUGAUUAUAGAUUUGUUCAGUCCGGGGCUGAUGUGAAAUGUGAAUGUGGCUCGUCCAAUUGUCAAGGUUUUCUUGGAGUAAAAAAGAAGGCACGAGGAGGGAGGAAAGCUAGGUGA